UAUCUGAUCAGGAUCUAUUUUUUAUGGAAACAAAUGAGUGGAACAAUGAUAAGAGGAGCCACUUCAUCACCAGACUUGCUGAAGCUGUGAAGGGGAUGACGGAAGAAUAUGCCACCACUCACAAUCAGACCAUCAGCCAUAUUUUUAACUGUUGCAAGGCCAUCAGACGCCUGUCAGAGAAGAAGUGUGAUAUCGACACGAACCCUUACCCCCAGAACAUGUUUGAGCAGAUCUUUGAGAUCUACUCCAUCAUCAGCAUCCUGCUGGUUUCGGAUGAACCCCUGACAGUUCAAUAUGAUUCAGGCACCAUCUACCAGAUCAGGCUCACACCAGAAAAAAUGGGCAAUGCAGAGUUUACCUCUGAGCCCAAUGGGCCGUCUGUUAUACUCCCUUCGUUCUCAGAAUUGCAAUCUCACAUCGGACAGUUCUCCAAGGUCAUCGCCCAGUUGGGCUUCUUCAACAAGCUACCCCACCAGACCAACGAGACCAUCGUGAAUAACGUAUGCAGCUUCUCACUGUCCGAGGGGCUGACACCAAUCCACCUGGGCAACCUGUCAGAAAUGAUACAGAUCUUCAUCCCCAACAACGCUUCAGGACUUCAGAAUGAAACUGUUGAGAUGAAGAACAGCACGGUUGUCUUGACCUCAUUCAAUGUCACCGACACCAACGCCACCAUUGUCUUCAAUGUUCAGCCAAGCGGCAACGUUUCAUUGUUGCUGCUCCUGGCUGCAGGGAGUCCUCCAAACGCUACCAAUGCCAGCAUUAGCGUCAUCUUAAACCAAUCAGAUGGGUAUCGCUGGCUGUUGACGCCCGACAUGUUAGAAGAGACGGGGGGUGUGUGGUUCCUCAAGGUGGUCCUCUUCAACGCCAGCGACGAUGAGCGCCUGAACGUACAAUUCGUCUCCUUCAUCACCAAGUGCAUGUUCUGGGACGCGCUGCGGGAGGAGUGGAGCACCGAGGGCUGCCAGGUGGGACUGCAGAGCACCCCGUGGCUCACUCAGUGUCUGUGUAACCACCUCACCCUGUUUGGGAACUCCUUCUUCGUCAUGCCCAACGCCCUGGACCUGUCCGAGACGGCCAGUCUGUUCCAGACCAUAACGGAGAACUACGUGGUUCUGGCGCUGCUCUGUGCCUUCUUUGGCCUCUACCUGGCCACCGUGCUCUGGGCCUGGUACUCGGACCGCAGAGCCCUCGUCAGGAGGAAGAUCACUGUCUUAGAGGACAACCAUCCAUGUGCCUCCUACAACUACCUGCUGAGUGUGCAUACGGGCCAACGCAAGAACGCUGGCACCUCCUCCAACGUGACGGUGCGCCUCAUAGGCGCCGACUCAGAGAGCGAGACGCAGAACCUGGUGGACCCAGACAAGCCGGUCUUUGAGAGAGGAGCGGUGGACAUGUUCCUGCUCUCAACCCCCUUCCCCCUGGGCGAACUACGCAACCUCCGCCUCCAGCACGACAGCUCCGGAGGACACCCCUCCUGGUACAUCAACAAGGUGAUGGUGCAGGACAUGCAGUCACGCCAGGUUUGUCAGUUUCUGUGUGACUGCUGGCUGAGCUCUGAACGUGGCGACGGCACCACCAAGAAGGUUUUCAACGCUGCCAAGAACAACGAGAUUGCCAGCUUCAGGAACAUUUUCCACAACCGGACCUCCACGGGCUUCAGGGACGAACACAUCUGGGUGUCCAUCGUGGACCCCCCCUGGCGCAGUCCCUUCACCCGCGCACAGAGAGUGUCCUGCUGCAUGAGCCUGCUGCUGUGCACCAUGGCAAUCAACAUCGCCUUCUGGAACAUUCCUGCAGACCCCAACUCCCCCGUUCUCUUCUCCUUCGGCUCCCUGCACAUUACGUGGCAGGAGAUCAUGGUGGGCGUGCAGAGUGGUCUCCUCAUGUUCCCCAUCAACAUCCUCAUCAUUACCAUAUUCAGGAGCAUCAAGCCCCGUCUCUCCAUCGGAGAGAAGAAGAAAAACAAGCAGGAAAUACAACCGCCGACCGUUACCAUACCCCUAGUGCUGCAGGAAACAGAGAAGGUGGUGAUGUCAUUGUGUCAGAGCCCCAAGAACAAUGUGUGCUAUCUGGAAGAGAGACUGGAGUCCACCUACCAACUGCCCCUGGCCCUCGACAAGAUCCACCAGGUCCUGCUGCUCAUGCAAGGAGAGGGUGAAAGCACCCCCCACUGGGUGUUCUGCAGCCGCUACCUCCUGCUGUGCCUGGCCCACCUCUUGCAGUGUCUGGAGAAGUUGGACGUGAAGAACUUCCACAGCCCUGCCGACUCCCAGCAGCUCUUCGACAUCACUAACCAGCUGCUGCGCAAGGCAGAGAUGGUCUACACCUGCCACAAGGCAGCUUGCCCCACUCCAGUGAAUAGAAAAAAGAAAAAGAUCUCUGGCGGAUGCUCGCUGCCCUGGUGGUUCGUCUUCAUCGCCUGGUUCCUUCUGCUCUCCAUCAGCGGCAUUUCCACCUUCUUCACCCUCCUCUAUGGACUCAAAUACGGCAAAGAGAAGUCCAUCCAGUGGGUCAUCUCCCUGGGCCUGUCACUCUUCCAGAGCAUCUUUAUCCUGCAGCCCUUGAAGGUGAUCGGUGUGGCUGUGUUCUUCGCUCUGUUACUGAGGCCCGUCGCUGUUGAGGAGACGGAGGAGGUAGAGACAGUGAUUUUCGAGCAACAAGACAGGUGCAGGCGGUACACUGGCAGACAGGGGGACUGAAGACACACACACACACACACACACACACACACACACACACACACACACACAGAUGUUAUUUAGGAAAAUAUGAAUAUCUGAUGAGAUGACUUGUGGAUUAACUGUGGUUUUGGCUGCUAAAUCUGAGGUUUAGAGAGUAGAUGAUUUAAUAUGAUUGGUAAUGUGUUAGUAGAUGAAAGGUCGUUUUGCUGCUGCUAAUUCAUUUCAAAUAUAGUUUUUUUGAUCUAAAUAUGAAUUGAACAUAAUAAAUUAGAUAUGAUUUGCUAAGCAAUGUGUGAGAUUUUAACACCUACUCCUUACUGCAUACAAUUUGACGUGUUAGAUAUAUUGCAAGAUAUACUUUUAAGUAUUGCAAGAAAUUAUGAGGAGCUCGGAUUUAGACAAAUUAUAGCACAUUUCUUAAUUAAAUAUUCCUUGCCAGAAAGUUAGUUUUUGUCUUUCAGUUUAAGUUAACAUGUUUCAACCUAGUUUUUAAUGAUUUUAAUGACACUGGCUAUUCCUUAAACUUAUUUUUUUGUUCAGAAAACUAUCAAGUAUAUGGUAGGCAACAUGAGCUCUGCAAUAUGUUAAUAAAGUCAACAUAGGAUAUAU